AUGUCACGCAGACCACAAAAAUCAUCAGCCAAAAUUGAAAGUCUCGAUUCUUACAAAAGACUCAAAACUUCAAGGCUGUCAAGAAGACAAGAACUGAAAUGGUUCAAACAAGCUAGGUUUAUCAAAAUGUACAUAAAGCAGGUCAUCAUCGAAGGGUUUAAGAGCUACAAAGAACAAGUUGCAACUGAUGAUUUCAGUCCAAAAGUUAACUGUGUUGUUGGUGCAAAUGGAUCUGGCAAAUCAAACUUCUUUUCAGCAAUUCGUUUUGUGAUAAGCGACCUCUUUCAUAACCUACGUAAUGAAGAUAAACACGCCUUCCUCCAUGAAGGAGCAGGACACCAAGUUCUCUCAGCUUUUGUUGAGAUUGUGUUUGAUAACUCUGACAAUCGCAUCCCAGUCGAUAAAGAGGAGGUGCAUCUACGAAGAACAAUCGGGACAAAAAAGGAUGAAUAUUUUCUUGAUGGGAAGCAUAUCACGAAAACUGAAGUUAUGAAUCUUCUAGAAAGUGCAGGGUUCUCCCGUUCCAAUCCAUAUUAUGUUGUGCAACAGGGGAAGAUUGCAUCAUUGACUUUGAUGAAAGAUGCUGAACGACUUGAUCUACUGAAGGAAAUUGGUGGGACCCGAGUUUAUGAAGAGAGAAGGCGUGAAAGCUUGAAAAUCAUGCAAGAAACUGGAAACAAGAGAAACCAGAUAAUUCAAGUUGUGCAAUACUUGGAUGAGAGAUUAAGAGAGCUGGAUGAAGAGAAAGCAGAGUUGAAAAAGUAUCAACAGCUUGAUAAACAGAGGAAGUCUCUAGAAUACACCAUUUAUGAUAAAGAACUUAACGAUGCACGAAAGGAAUUGGUUGAGGUGGAUGAGGAGAGAAAUGCGAUUUCUGAGGAGUUAGUUAGGAAGUAUAAUGCAUCAGUUGAAGAAGAGGAAGAAGUAAAGAAAUUAGACAAGUCAUUUAAAGAUUUGACCAGAGAAGUUCAGGGUUUGACUAGAGAGAAACAGACAAUAGAGAAACAACGAACAGUAGCUGUUAAAAAGCACACUGAGGUUGAGCUUGAUGUGAAAGACCUUGAAGAGAAAAUCAUUGGGAGUAGUAAAGCAAAGGAUGAAGCUGGAAAGCAGCUUGAGGUUCUUCAGAGAGAAAUCAAGGAAUCCACAUCAGAGUUAAACAAAACAAAACCUUUAUAUGACAAACAAGUUAAAGCAGAGGAGGACAUCACCAAAGAAAUUAUGAAAAAAGAAAAGCAGCUGAGUGUACUCUAUCAGAAACAAGGUCGUGCAACACAAUUUCGUUCUAAAGCUGCACGUGAUGAGUGGCUACAAAAAGAUAUUGAUAAGUAUAACAAGGUUUUGUCCUCAAAUGAGAAACAGGAGAAUCUACUGAAUGAUGAAAUCAGUAAACUUGAGAGAGAUAUGGAAGCACAAGAAGAACAUGUCAAAAAUCGUCAAAAGGAGAUAAAUGCUUUAGAAGCUCGAAUAUCUAGUUAUCGCAAAGGUUUCAAUAAACAUAAGUCAAAAAGAGAUGAGCUUCAUGAUAAGCGAAAGGCUUUAUGGGGAACAGAAAGUGAAAUUACAGCUGAAAUCGAGCGUCUUAAAUCAGAAGUUGUGAAAGCAGAAAAAGCCUUGGAUCAUGCUACUCCUGGGGAUAUAAGGAGGGGAAUUAGUACAGUUAGAAGAAUCUGCAGAGAGUACAGCAUUACAGGAGUGUUUGGUUCACUUAUCGAGUUGCUUGAAUGUGAUGAAAAUUUAUUCACAGCUGUUGAAGUUACUGCUGGAAACAGCUUAUUCCAUGUGGUGGUUGAAAAUGAUGACAUUUCAACACAAGUAAUUCGACACCUUAAUGCAGAGAAAGGUGGUAGAGUUACAUUUAUACCCCUUAAUCGUGUCAAAGCUCCUCAUGUCACUUAUCCAAAAACUUCUGAUGUGAUCCCUCUUCUCAAGAAAUUAAAAUAUUCUCCCAAUUAUGAGCAGGCUUUCUCUCAGGUGUUUGCUAGAACAGUGAUUUGUAGAGAUUUGGAUGUUGCUACUCGUGUUGCACGUACUGAUGGUUUGGACUGCAUUACUGUUGAAGGUGAUCAAGUUAGCAAAAAAGGGUGGUAUGACAGGAAAAUGAACUCCAAAAUGUCAGAUCAGAACUUCAAGAUAUCCUUUUUCUUUUUCAUUUUUAUAUAUUCUCAAGACAAGGAAAUCAAUGCAUUAGUUGCUGAGCAGCAGAAAGAUGAUGCUGAGCUGGCACAUGAGAAAUCAGAAGUGGAACAGCUUAAACAAGAAGUUGCUAAUGCUAAGAAGCACAGCCUUAACAUCUCUAAAGCUCUUGAAAAGAAGAGGAAGUUGCUUGCAAAUGUGGAGACUCAAAUCGAGCAAGUGAAAAAUAAUAUUGAUAUGAAAAGAGAUGAAAUGAGAACAGAACUUGUUGAUCAUUUAAGCCCAGAGGAAAAGACUCUGCUCUCACGUUUGAAUCCUGAAAUAGCUGAACUUAAAGAAAGGCUUGUAGCCAGUAGAGCUACCCGAGUAGAGAUUGAAACAAGAAAAGCAGAGCUUGAGACGAAUCUAUCAACAAAUCUUGUUAGAAGGAGACAAGAACUGGAGGCAGUUCAACAGUCUCAAGAAGCUGAUAAUUUAAAUGGUGAAGUUGAAGCAAAGAAGCAGGAGCUUCUAGAGGCAAAAAUGGCUGUUGAAGAAGUGAAAAAACAGCUCAAAAGAGUUUCUGAAAGCAUAGAUGAUCGCAACAAGGAAAUCAAAAAAAUCAACAAGAAGAAGGCUGAUUCAAAGGCUCGUUUGGAGGAGUAUGAAAAGACACGCCAAAAUGAAGAUAAAAGAGCAGAACAACUUAUUAGUAGAAAAAACAUUUUGCUUGCAAAACAAGAAGAGUUCAACAAGAAAAUUAGAGAAUUGGGUCCAUUAUCAUCAGAUGCCUUUGAAAUGCACAAGAAGAAGAGCAUAAAGGAACUAUAUAAAAUGCUGCACAAGUGUAACGAGCAGUUAAAGCAGUUUAGUCAUGUAAACAAGAAAGCACUUGAUCAAUAUGCAAACUUUACAGAUCAAAGAGAAGAACUUCAGAAACGACAACAAGAGCUUGAUGCUGGUGAUGAGAAAAUCAAAGAGCUUAUAUCAGUACUGGAUCAACGUAAGGACGAAUCUAUAGAGCGGACAUUUAAAGGUGUGGCUAAACAUUUUCGAGAAGUAUUUUCUGAACUUGUCCAAGGUGGUCAUGGAAUUUUGAUCAUGAUGAAGAAGAAGGAUGGUGAUCCUGUUGAUAAUGACUAUGAUGAGGAUGGGCCUCUACCUGAUAGAGAGGGACGCGUUGAAAAAUACAUUGGAGUGAAAGUGAAGGUUUCUUUUACUGGACAAGGUGACACACAGUCCAUGAAGCAGUUAUCUGGAGGCCAAAAAACCGUGGUAGCAUUAGCUCUCAUAUUUGCCAUACAACGAUGCGAUCCUGCUCCCUUUUACCUCUUUGAUGAAAUCGAUGCUGCACUUGACCCUCAAUACCGAACAGCAGUCGGAAAUAUGGUUCGGCGUUUGGCUGAUAUGGCAAACACACAGUUCAUUACAACAACGUUUAGGUCUGAACUGAGGCGUUGGAUUUUAUCGAGCAUGAUCAAUCCCAUAAUGCUGAAUGAGAUUAAUGGAAGAAAGGCUGUAGGAUUUGGUUUGGUAUUAUGUAUAAAGCCAGUAUGCGUCUUAUUGCAUUGUUAACAACCCUUGUUUGGUAUAUGUUUAGUAUCUGUAGUGAUGGUAGAAUUGAUUAAACUUUGGUGGAUGUUUGUGUUUAAUUGGAACUAUAUUUGUACAAACUAAGCAGAUAGACAUGAUACUUUAAUCUCAUCCCUAC